UUGUCAUGAAUAAUUAAGACUUUAGGUUCUUCACAUGCAUACUAAAAUCUUGUAGCUGUUAUUUUCAAUACUAUCACAAAAUCUGAAUUUUUCCAUCUAUAAAAUCAUUCCACCAUAUUUUCACCAAAGCCAACACUAAAUCUUAUCCCUUCUUAGCAAUAUGGAGCACUCUUCCAUUCUUGCAACACUACUCCUCUUCACCAUUUGCCUCUCUACAUCUUCCAAUGCCGCUAUCCGCGACCCGUGCCCGGUUCCGAAAACGGGUUCGGAUCUAUCCGUAAUCCACAUCUACGGCAAAUGCUCGCCCUUCAACCCGCCAAAGCCCGCAACUUCAUGGGUCAACACGGUCCUCAACAUGGCGUCCAGCGACCCAGAGAGGGUCACCUACUUGUCGAGCCUGGCGGCACAGAAGCCCACGUCGGUCCCCGUCGCCUCCGGCCAGGUCAUCAGCACCGGCAACUACGUCGUCCGGGCCAAGAUCGGGACACCCGGCCAGCUCAUGUUCAUGGUCAUGGACACAAGCAACGACGCCGCGUGGGUCCCGUGCACCGCAUGCAACGGCUGCUCAUCCACCGCGGCCGCAUUCGCGCCAAACACCUCCACCACUUACGGGCCUGUUGACUGCUCAGUCCCAGACUGCACAGCAGUCAGCGGACUCGCGUGCCCCACCGACGGGUCGGGCAACUGCCAGUUCACCCGACCCUACGGUGGGGACUCGAUCUUUUCAGCCACACUCUCGCGCGACACCCUAACGCUGGGCAACGACACCAUCCCUAGCUACGCGUUCGGGUGCGUGAACGCGGUUACGGGCGGGUCGGCCCCGCCCCAGGGUUUACUGGGUCUGGGUCGGGGCUCCAUGUCGUUGUUGUCUCAAACCGGGUCGCUCUACUCGGGCGUAUUCUCGUACUGCUUGCCGAGCUUCAAGUCGUACUACUUCUCCGGCUCGCUCAAGCUCGGCCCACUCGGCCAGCCCAAGAGCAUCAAAACCACACCACUCCUCAAAAACCCGCACCGCCCGUCGCUGUACUACGUAAACCUCAUCGGUAUCAGCGUGGGCCGGGUCAACGUACCCAUUGCACCGGAGCUACUAGCAUUCAACCCGAGUAGCGGUGCGGGUACCGUAAUCGAUUCGGGUACGGUUAUAACCCGGUUCGUUCAGCCAGUUUACAACGCGACCCGUGACGAGUUCAGGAAGCAGUUGGCGGGCCCGUUUAGUACGUUGGGGGCGUUCGACACUUGCUUUGCUGCGACGAAUGAUGAGGUGGCGCCGGUUAUUACGUUGCACUUCGAGGGACUGGAUUUGAAGCUGCCGUUGGAGAAUAGCUUGAUACAUAGUAGCUCGGGUUCUUUGGCUUGUUUGGCUAUGGCGGCUGCGCCGAAUAAUGUGAACUCGGUGCUGAAUGUGAUCGCCAAUUUGCAGCAACAGAAUCUUAGGAUUCUGUUCGACACCGUUAACUCCCGUGUCGGCAUCGCCCGUGAAGUCUGUAAUUAGGCUACUUCCAUCUCUCUCUCUCUCUCUCUCUCUGGAUGUGUACCAUCUUUUUGCCUAUUUGAAUUGUAAUGCAAUGUUUCAUCUGCCAAUUGGCAGUUCAAACAAAUAUUGCUGAUGUAUGAAUUAUGAUGAAUAUUCCAUGAGA